AUGGGGUGUGGGGGGGUUGGUGUGGGUGGUGGGGGAUGUGGUGUUUGGGUGGGUGGUGGUGGUGGGGGUGGGGUGUGGGUUGGUUGGUGGGGUUGGGGAUGGGGGUUGGUGGGUAGGGGUGGGUUGGGUUGGUAUUGUGGGGAGGAACAGAGCCAGUCUCCGCUUCACCCGCAGAAUGGUUCUUCCCUGCUGUUACCAGGACUGUCAAUUUCCAAUGAUCAAGCUCAGCAAGCAUCUCCAACUAGUGAAGAGCUAGUGGAGGCUUAUCCCGCUCUACUAGAUAAUUCCGGGCUCUUGUACCUGAGUCGGCCAUCCUGGAGCUCCACCGUCAGUGUAUUGAUCGCCCCCGAGUGCUCCACCCGCCUUUCUUCGCUACGACAAAAUAGUCCCUAA